GUAUAGUGUCACAAGAUAACGAACCUAAUCUUACAUAAUUACAUUAACAGAACAUAUGCGCGUGCUAGACACGAUAUUGACAUUGCUAUUUUCGUAUUUCAUUGGUGCAGGAACAAAGUAAGACAAAGAUGAAAGGUGUAGCAUUAGUAUUAUUUCUGUUCGUUGGUACUUCUGUCACGUUCCCAUCCUAUCGUGAUAGAAUACCAAAUGGCAGAAAGGUCCCUAAUCCCUGUAAAGGAUCUACUGGAAAUUGGGAGGGAGUUGGACAUAAUAUAUUGAUAGGCGGUGGUCCCAGGAACGUUUUCGGAAAGGAUUUUGCAUCGGCGGACUUCAAGUGGACCCCUGAGUUAUGUGGAAAAGAUUCGGACUCUGACGGAAAAACCAACGGCCAGGAGUUAGGCGACCCAAACUGUACAUGGACCAAGGGUGGGACACCCUCAAUGGCUGCUACAGGACACCCAGGAGUGUGUGAACCAAUGGACUUAGAAGCGUGUAAAACAGUGAAUGCUGAGAUACUGUGUCUCUAGAACCAUGUUAUAUAAACGUGUCCACAGUAAACGUUAAACGGCCAAUAUAUAAUUUAUUCUGUCAUUUCGCCAAUAUCAGUUGGUUGUUGACAAGCUGACACUAUCGAGGAGUUGUGUACCGAUAAGAUCAACUUGUAUAACAUGUAAGGAAGGUGUAUAUUUCUCGCGAUUAAAUGUUCACCAAAUGGUUCGGUCACACCGUCUUUAAUUGGUCAGAUGGUCACUGUACAGUCUAUGAAACGUCACCGUAAUGAAGACAAUCAGGGAUGCAGUCUAGUAUUCACUUUAGAAGAUGGUAUAUCGCUGGUUGUCGGCUUUUCAGCUGAAAUGACACACAUUCUUUGCUGUAAUAAAUUAGAAAUCGUGUACUUUUACACUCAAAACACUAUUAUUGUAUAAAUGUUGAGUUCAUUUCAUUAUUUCUCAUGAAAGUCACACACAGUAUUGUUUUCUUUUCAGAAAUGAUUUAUCAAAGCUGAUUUAACAAAAUAAAUAUCAAAAAUGCAAGAAUACCCCGUUUCCAACACUAAUAACCGUUUUUUGGCAAUGGUACGGGGAAACGUUAUCUAGCUGUGUUAUUACUGAUUGAAAUGUCAACUAAAGUAAGGUUUCAACUAACA